AUGUCCUGGUUUAUGUUCGAUUAUUUGCCUGUGGAAAUGUUACGUGCUAUCUUUGAAUAUCUUUGGACUAAUGAAAUACUUAAUUCAUUUCUAAACAUAAAUGAUUAUCUGAAUAGUGUAAUAUUAAAUUAUAAUGAAUCUUUUAUAAAUUUCAAUUCAAUUUUGAGGCCAUUAUUUGAUCUCACCUGUGAUCAUCUUCGGCCAGAUCAAGUCAUCAAACUUGUAUUAUCAAAUAGUAAUGAUACACCAGGUCAAUCUCAAUUAUUUUUAUCACGUUUUCCUAUUGAACAAUUUAUUAAUCUUCGUGCAAUCACAUUGAUCGAGAUCGAUGAUGAUGAUGCUCAAUCAAUUUUUACUAAUUUAGAUCAAAUGAAAUAUCUAACAUGUAUUGAAAUAAAUCCACAAUUUCAUUAUACACAUCUCAAUAUUAAGCCUCAACUCACUCGAUUCAUUGUAAAAUAUAAUAAUGUUAUUUAUUUUGAAAAUCAAACAUUUAUUAGUCAGAAUCAAUUACUCCAACUACGUCAUUUAUCUUUAACAUAUUGUUCAUAUUUUCAACUUGAACAUAUAUUUCGUUAUGCACCAAUGCUCACUUCACUCAAUAUUUCAAUCAUUUUUGCAACUCAUAAUGGUGUGAACAGCUUUGCUGAUUGCAUUGAUUGUAUCCAUUCAGAUCCAAUCAUUUCACGUGUUCACUUAGAACGAUUUCUUUCUCACAUACCUCGUUUACGACGACUCGAACUGAUCGUUAACUGUGAGGGAAAUAGCAAUCUUGCUUAUGGUGAUCGAUGGAAAAUAUUCAUAGUUGAACGAUUACCAUUACUUCGAAUAUUUAAUUUCAAGUUUCAUUUAGAACAUAUAUACCAUGAUAAACAAACUAUACUUUCUCAUUUUCGUAACUCGUUUUGGCUCGAUAAAAAUCGAAAUUGGUUUGUAGCAUACAAUCCCCGUCGUUCACUUCUCUUCACAGUACCUUAUUUUGCUCCUCGGUCUAUUCUAUACUCUGAAACUCCAAUCUUACACCACUUGACAACACUACCCAUUGAACAAUAUUCUAUCUUUUAUAAUAUGAUUACUGAACUCACAUUCGAUUCAAUAAACGAAGAACUAUCUUAUCGUUAUACGAAUGUAGAUAAACUUAUACUUCUCAAUCAUAAAAUCAAUAAGACAUUGAUUGAUCUGUCGCGAAUCCAAUGUCUGUGUGUUAAUUUGUCUUCAUGCUCAUUUGAUACGAUUAUUCAACUUAUUCGUCGUUCUAUGCCUAAUCUCAAUCAACUCAGUUUGAAUAGUAAAUUGUCUUUGACAUGUUCAACUCCUAUUAUUCCUCUAGAACAGAUUUGCAUUUUACAUAUGCCUUUUUUUGCAUAUUCACUAACGGAUGAUAAUUUUAACUGGUCUCGCAUUUUUUUAUGUGUCAAACGAUUAUUAAUGACAGUGAAUAGUUGUCAUGAAAUGGCUUUAUUAAUUGAUCGAUUCGAAAAUAUGUCAUGUGCUUCAUUUAAUAUUAAUAACUGUUGUAUUAACGGGAGACGAAAUUUACGUGAACGUCGAGUGACACGACAAUGGAUCAUAGAAAAUACACGUCGUUUAGCAACAAUGGACAAUAAUAAUUUCACUUGUCGAUUUGAAGAUACAAAUAUAUUUACAGUGCAUUUAUGGAUUGGUAAGAAUGACCAACAACAAAUUAAAGUAUGCUAUUGCAGCACAUUCUAUUCUUAG